UCAAUAUUAAUUAUUCAAACAUUUAUGAGAUCCAAUAUAGGAUCGUUGAUUAGUCGGAUAACUCCGUAGCCCUUUGGAAAUCCGAUCUUGGAUGUCGGAAAUUCUCGUAAAACUACAACCGAAUUUCAUUUCCGCUGCAAAAUGGAAGCAAGACGACAGUCCUUAGUUAUUGAGUCUGACCAUCAUUCUUCAUCGCAAACCUUAUGGCCCCUUCGGCAAGCGCUCUACGCCGAAUCUGAGGACGACGAUGAAGAGAACGAAGACGAAUUAUCGCGAACUUGGUGGGUAAAAACUCGUUGGUUUCAGCGUCUAGUACAAGUAUGUGCGCUUGUCAGUUUGACUUCUACAGCCAUGAAUUCGCCAGAAACAUUUAAACAUAACAAUUCGCUGAGAUACAUAACUCUUGGCCUAGACAUUGUGGUCGCUGUUGUUUUUACCACUGAAAUGAUCGCGCAGAUAAACAUGUGGGGUCUGUGGCGAAAACAGAAGGCUUACUUCAAGAAACCACAGUCUAUUUUUAAUGCAAGCAUGGUUUUCCUUAUAAUGCUAUCGAUCUUGCUACAAAUUAUUGAAAUUUCUGGCUAUAUCCCUGAUAAUUACGUAGCAUUUUCGGUUCCAAGAGCCCCAAGAGCGUUAAUAAUAGUUCGGUUCUUCAAUGUGCUUAUUACAAUCAGCUUGCCGAAGUCGGUGGCUCGACGCUGUAAACGGCAAAUCUGGGCCGUCACUCUGUUCUUGUUGUAUUUUAUGGCGUUCGGUUCGAUUAUUGGAGUUCAAUUAUUCGGACGCAAAAACUAUUACUGUGUCAAGAAUGGAGCUGAUUUGAAUAAUCUGACAUACAACGAUCUGUUAUUGACUGACCAUCGCUGCAACAAUGUUACCGGCGAAACAGGAUAUUUCUGUCCACAAGGGUUUAGCUGUGUUUUUGUGGAUUUUGAGGAGAAGGAUAAAGAUUAUUUCGGGGACUUCCUGCUAAGUAUUUUAACAGUCUAUGAAAGUUCUACACAAGAAGGUUGGGUUCUCGUCAUGUACCGAAUGAUGGACUUUCGAUCGCAUCCCCUAGUAAUCGUUUAUUUUGUGUUGCUCAUUUUUUUCGUCGCGUGGCUUGUAAAGAACGUCUUCAUCGCCGUGGUGUCGGAAACCUUCGCCGAUAUUCGGAGCCUGUAUAUGUACAGUCGGAAAUCUUCGAAGCGUACUUCGGCUCGGCUGGCCUCUCAAGUUAUCAAGGACGCAGGAACCGGUUGGCAUUUAGUCUCGGUGGAUCACGAAGCGGCUAAAGGCCAUGCACCAUUGCGUGUUCGACAGAUUGUUAAUUCUAUUUACUUUAAAUACACAAUGAUCUUAUUUGUUGUGGUUGACGCUUUUGUUCAAGCUACUGUCCAUUACGAAUCAAGGAGAUACGCGCAAUUUGGGUUCACCAUAGUUUUCGACCUUGAAGUUUUCCUGAAGAUCUCAUGUAUAGGCUUUCGACCCUACCUUCUCCGUAGAAUGCAGCUAACAGAGUUUAUUUUAGCUGUUGGCAGCACUGUUUUCGCUCUACCAAUUCUGAUCUCGGAGAAAGCGUCUUUUCUGGCUGUCUUUAACGUGAUGCGAAUAAUCCGACUUAUUGGAGCGAUUCCCAAGCUUCAAGAGUUUUGCGAGAAAAUCUUCGGAACUGGAAAGAAACUUGGAAGUGCUAUCGUGUUUACGUUGAUUUUUGUGAUGGUCUCCUCCGUGAUAAGCAUGCAGUUCUUUCUGACUUUAGAUGUGAAGAGGUUUGGUACCUUCACUAGCUCCAUACAGUCCAUGUUUCAAAUCAUUACCCAGGAAGGGUGGGUGGAAGUUCUGGAUGACUUAAUCAACGCAACUACGAACUCAGCUGCAAAGGCUUUUGUUGCCAUCAUAAUCUUGGCAAAUCAUCUUUUCUCCUCGCUGAUUAUCAUGAGCGUUUUUGUUGCAGUUAUCCUAGACAACUUGGAACUUGACGAAGAGGUGAAGAUUAUGAAACAGAAAAAAAUGGGCGGUGAAAGCCGAGAAUCCACCGAGGAACUUCCGUUGCGUCUUCGGGUCUUCGAGCGUUUUCGGGAUGACCCUCGGCUUGUGAAGUUGAGUAGGAUAAAGACAACAGCUGAUUUUUCCACUCCCAAGAUUCGUGACAGUUUUAUGAAGAAGUACAUAGACAGUUCGGGCUUGGAAACUCACAUUGGUGUGGACGUGGGGGAGAAAAUCGGUGAAACUUCGCAGUUGAGAAGACGCCGCACAGCAAUUCCGAUAAAGCUGUUAAAUUCGACGAUAUCCGAAGUGGAUAAACUUUCAAAGUUCGUGAGAAAACAAUCGAGUAUCACUGCGCUUAUUAAUGACAGCAAUCGCCGAAGGACCUACGCGCUUCUUUCGCCCACCGAAAUCUCCCCGAGAAAUCAGGCCACCGUCGGCAGUAAGCAGCAGCCCGCUUCGGUUUUCCGAUCUGCUUCGAGGCGUUUUCGAAGUCGCCCUCCACCGUCACCGAAGCAAGCUCAAGGUGAUGUCAAACAAGUGAUGCGGAUUGCCAGUCAAGCGACGGGUCUUCACUCGCAGUUAAGCCAAGAUGAAAAUAACACGGGCCGAGACUUUGACAUCCAGUGGGUGCGAAUAAAACGCGAAGAGGCUCAGAGGAAAAAGAGAGCUCAAGUCGAGAAGCUUCGUGAGAAUCACCCCUACUUUGACCAGCCCCUCUUCUCGCUACAGCGUGACUCGUGGCUCCGAAGGUUUCUACAGAGCAUGGUAAACGCGCGUUACAUCAUUCCACCCGGGUACACAGAGCGAGCGUCACGCAAUCAUAUUGUCACGAUGGCACGGCUUCACAAGGUUCUCGCGUCACAGACGUACCUGGAGUGGAUUAUGAUCGUUGUCACGCUAGUGUCAUCCAUAUCUAUGAUGCUAGAGACUCCUACAGAGCGCACGUUUGUCAGGCCUGCAACAGAAGUCAUUGAGUACAUCUUUGUUGUUGCCAUGAGUUUGGAGCUUGGCGUAAAAAUUCUUGCAAACGGUUUGAUUUUCACACCUCAUGCCGUUAUACAGAACUUUGGAGGUGUUCUGGACGUGACCAUAUACCUCGUGGCACUUGCCUAUGUUGCCUGGCAACCACAUCCGAUACCCGCCCGCUCGGGGGCUCAGGUGUUGAUGGUAUUAAGGUGCCUUCGUCCCUUACGUAUCGUCACAUUGGUCCCGAAAAUGCAGAAGGUGAUCCUUGAACUGGUUGGUGGCUAUAAAGAAAUUCUCAAAGUAACUGCCGUGCAGUCUAUUCUUAUGUUCAUUUUCGCCAGUUACGGUGUCCAGGUUUUCUCUGGCAAGUUCAGAAGCUGCAACGAUCGAAGUAUUAAGACCGAAGAGGAGUGUACAGGAAUAUUUGAAAUAGAAAUUGCCACGCCUCGCGAAUUACGCGUCGUCGCGGAAUCUUCAAAAAUGAUGGUCCCACGCGUGUGGAAAAAUCCCAGGAACUUCGACUUCGAUAAUGUUAUCAACGCAUUUCUAGCCCUGUUCGAAGUUCUUUCCUUGGAAGGCUGGUUGGAAGUGCGAGAUGUGAUCCAGGCAGUCGUAGCCCCGGAAUACAGUAUUUAUGUCCAUAUUUACGUGCUUCUUGGAAGCAUGGUCGGGCUGACCUUGUUCGUCGGGGUGAUUGUCAUGAAUUUCAAUGAGAACAAAGGCAUUGCUUUACUCACUGUUGAUCAGAGAAGAUGGCAGGAUCUGAAGAAGCGCCUCCGACUGGCGCAACCUCUCCAUCUUGCCCCUAGACCAAGGAAAGAAGGUUUUCGAGCCGUUUUGUUCGACGCCACGCAGUCAAGGAUCUACAAAGUUAUCGACAUCUGUUUGGUGGUAAUUACUUGCUUGACAGUCACGAUCGCUCAGUGGACUACAGAGGACAAUCUGAGAAUGCGUGACGCGCUGACCAGUACUGCAGCUGUGUGCUCGCUGUUGUUCGUUGUGGACAUGUUGCUGAAAAUUAUCGCUUUCACCUUCCGAGGAUACUGGCAAAGCCGGAGAAACCGGUUUGACCUGUUCUUGACCAGUCUCGGGGUACUGUGGGUGACGCUGAAUUUUUCCUUAAAAGGGAGUGGUACGCCAUAUACAGUGACUACUUUUUUCGGGAUGGUGAUCAUAUUGUUCCGCUUCUUGACGCUCUCAGGUAAACACGACACGCUCAAGAUGCUGAUGUUGACUGUGGUCAUGUCGCUGAUAAAGAGCUUCUUCAUCAUCGCUGUUUUGAUCGUUCUAAUGCUCAGCUACUCUUUGGCCGGGGUGAUCUUGUUCGGAACAGUGAAGUAUGGAGAAGCGUUGAACCGUCACGCCAACUUCAAGACUAGCUUUAACGCCAUGAUCCUUCUGUUUCGCAUCACAACUGGAGAGGACUGGAACAAGAUAAUGCACGACUGUAUGCUUUCUAAGCCUUACUGCACGGAAAAUGCGGACACACCCAACUUCUGGCAAACUGAUUGUGGCAACAUCGCCGCGGCGCUGAUUUAUUUCAUCUCGUUUUACGUCAUCGUGACUUUUGUAUUCUUGAACCUUUUCAUCGCUGUCAUCAUUGAGAAUUUUUCGUUGUUCUACUCGAGCGAUGAAGACUCGCUCAUCAGCAACACAGACCUAAGAGACUUUCAGCUGACUUGGAACUUAGUGGAUAAAUACCGUAAAGGGGUGUUAUCAGUUAGGCAAGCUAAGCUUGUGCUUCGCUUGCUGAAAGGCCGCUUAGAAGUUGACAGUGGGUCGCUGUUGUUCAAACACAUGUGCUGCGAGAUUGAAAAGCUUCGGAACGGCUGUGAUGUUUCUUUUCACGAUGUUCUAGGCGUGCUAGCUUACCGUUCGGUGGACAUCAGUCGAAGUUUGCAACUAGAAGAGCUUCUCGAGCGAGAAGAACUGGAAUAUCAGAUCGAGGAGGAAGUGGCCAUACAGACCAUCCGUGAUUGGUUCACCAACCUGCGCAAGAAGCGGGCCGAGCGGGAAUGGAUCCGACAUUUAGAGCAAGGUGGCAUUCCAUUGGCUGGAGGUAUCCAACUGUCUGAUAAAAGCCCUGGGGCCUCAAGCGCGGAGAGCUUAGAACACUCAGCUAAUGAAGACCCUGAGCGUGAGGAGCGUGAUACCGAACGCGAGGCUCGAGAACACGACAGUAGCGAAGAUGACGAUUUUCCAGUGUCGCCUUCUUCCAAAGGACCAGCUAUUCUCCUUUCUGCUCCGCCGCCAGCCAAGAAAACGGAACGAAGUAAUUCCGCGUCUCGUAAGAGUUCUGUUACGUUUCCCGAUGAAUUGUCGAUGUCAGCAAAACGACGAAGCCUACCGGAAGCCCUGACUAAUCUGAAAACACGAAAGAAAAGUAUUCCCGAGAUAAAGGAGUUCGCCGGAGAGGUUCGUGAUUGGUGGACGACUCAGAUGAAUGACGGGCCCUGAAAGUUCCUGAUUGGUGGACUGAUCAGGUGAAUGACGUGAUGCACCUGUUAGGUCUGUGACUGGUAAAUGAUUUAAUAGAGCGGUUUACAAUUGAGUGUCACAAAACCAAAACCAAAGUAAUCACUCUAGCCAAUCACAAAGAACACAGAUAAUACCGUUAACCAAUCAAAACUUCAAGUAAUUACGUGUAGCUGACGCGAAACGACGGAAAACGAGUGCGAACGAGUCGUGGUAGGUUUUGGUUUUACCUCUGAUUAGAUGAAAAAGUGGCGCGAAUAUUUUUAAGUCAAUCGUGUAGCGUAGGGGAUGCAAAACCAAUUACUUUUCGACACUCAAAUGAAAACAGUUGGGCUCUAGAAUCAAUAAUUUGGCGAAACGUUUACACAAUAGAGCAAUAGGUGUUAUUGCAGUUAUCAGAGGUUUGACAUACAAACGAGGCAAAAGGGUCCAUUCUGCUCUGUGUUGACCCUCAUCGCCUCGUUUGUAUGGCUUUUUAAACAGUGGAAUAUUUGACCACAGACUCAACUGUAAUAACAGCUAUUUCUCAUGCCUAUCCAUAAACUCAAUCAAAUUUAACACGGACACCACUGAUAUGGAUUGUGGACAGUUUCGGUAUCAAAAACAAAUGGCAAAUAAUGGUAAAUAAUGGCAGCUUGUAAUAUCCG